AUGAGGACGGAAGACCAAAACCAGAAGAGAGAACGGGGCGACGAUGAUGUUGAGAACAACAACAACAACAAAAUCAAAACUGUCUUCUCCAGAGUGCACGUGUACGAUAACGAGAACAAAAGACGCAUCCAAAACGAUUGGGGAAGAGACCCGUUUUUUUGGGCGACGCCGAAAGUGUUCGCGAAAGAAAUUUUAAACGCGCGAGCGGUGGAGAAUACGAACGAAAGCGUUUGGGAGAUUGAAGAUAGAAGAAUAGUGGGUGGUGCAAAGCAUAGAAACAGUGAUGAUGAUGAUGAUGAAAAGAAGAAGAAGACCAAAAGAAUCAUCAGGAGAAUACGAAAGUGCGAACUGUGCGGCGUUAUCGUCGAGUUUACCACGAGGAAAGAUUCCAAGAUAUUUCUCUCUUUAGACGAUGGGACCGGAGUCAUCGAGUGCGUGAUUUGGGCGCCUUCGACGAUAACCUCUUCCGAGGAUAAUAAUACUUCGUUCGGUUUCGUGGACGAGGAAGAGGAGAACUAUUAUACUCUCAACCAAGUGGAACGAGACCCGUUUGGGAGGAUGGUCGCCGACGACGGCGUGUUACUUCUUCACGGAAAACUUCGUCUCGGCGAAACCGUGUUCGUCCAAGGCAGAGUGAGUCUGUAUAACGGGAAGAAACAGAUAGUCGUAAACUCGAUGCAGAUGAUAUGCGAGAGAGAAGGGUUGGCGAGAGAGAGGGAUUUAGAGACUCUGUUUUGGUUAGACGUGGUCGAGCAAAGGAUGGAUAAAGGAUAUUAG